AUGCCGGGCUGGCAGAGCCGGCUCCAGGAGUUCCAGGAGGUUCCGGUGGCCGCCGCCUCCCUGGGCCAGGUGCACCGGGGGCGGCUGCGCUGCGGGACCCCCGUGGCCAUCAAGGUGCAGCAGCAUUUUCGGCAGCGACGUCGAAAAUCUCCUGACCCUGCUGAGCCUCACGCCAGGGCUGCCAAAAGGCCUGUUUGCGGCGCCGGCGCUGCGGGCGCUGCAGCGGGAGCUGGAGCUCGAGUGCGACUACGAGAGGGAGGCCCAGAGCACCCAAAAGUUCCGGUCCCUGCUGGGCUCCGAUCGUUCUUCCGCGUGCCCGCCGUGGUUCCCGCGCUCAGCGCGCGCCGCGUGCUCUGCACCGAGUGGGGGCGGGGCGCGGCCCUGGAGCGCUGCCGGGGCCUCCCUCAGGAGCGGCGCGACCAGAUCUGCACGGAGCUGCUCCGGCUCUGCCUCCAGGAGCUUUUCCAGUUCCGCUUCAUGCAAACCGACCCCAACUGGGCCAAUUUCCUCUACGACCCCGAGAGGCACAAAGUGACGCUGUUGGAUUUCGGGGCGUGCCGGAGCUUCGAGAAGGAAUUCACCGAUCUCUACAUCGAGGUGAUUCGGGCUGCGGCUGACAGGGACGAGGAGAAAAUCCUGAGCAAAUCCCGGGAGCUGAAAUUCCUGACAGGCUUCGAGUCCCCGGCCAUGGAGUCCCUGCACCUCCAGGCCGUUCUGCUGCUGGGGGAGCCUUUUUGGGGUUCCCAGCCGUUCGAUUUCGGGGCUCAGGGCACGGCGCGGGGGGUCCGGGGGCUGCUGCCCCAGAUGCUGCGGGGCCGCCUGGGGCCGCCCCCCGAGCCCAGCUACGCCCUGCACCGCAAGCUGGGCGGCGUCUUCAUGGCCUGCGCCCACCUCGGGGGGCGCGUGCGCUGCCGGGAGCUCUUCCUGCAGCUCCACAGCUCCUACUGGCGCCCCGACGGCGCGCCCCAGCACCCAGCGGGGAAACGCCAGGAGCAGUAAAGGGGGAUUGCAACCCAAAAGUGGCGUCACGUCUUCCAGAAUCCCAGAAUGCAGGAAAGGACCUUAAAAAGCACCUGCUUCCAACCGACCGUCUCCUGAGCUCUGUCUCUCCAAGACCUCGUUCGCACUUCGAUCUCCCGAGCUCCCAUUUCUUGUUCAAUAGAAUCCAUGAACAAAACAAUCUGGUUUUGUUCUCCUAUGGUCUCAUUUGUGCCUUUACUGGGGCAGAGGCACCUCUCCCUCAUGGCACCUUAAGCCUGGAUGGACCCAUGGGCAGGUUCCUUCCAGCCACAACAUUCCAGCAUUCUGUCAGGGACUCCCUGCCCUUCUUCCCUCCGCUCCCGGGUGCAGAAUGUGCAGCAAAGCCGCCUUUGUUGUCUGCUCGGGAGCCCAGCCAGCUGCUGCAGCCUGACCCUGCCCUGCACAGCUCCCCUGGCAGGCACGGCAGGAGCAGCGCCCUGGCAGCCUCAGCAAUCGCCCUCUGACAUCUCUGGCACACACUGCCAUGGGCUGCCAGCAAGGAAAAGAUGCUCCUGCCCUUCAAGGCCAAAUUCUGAAGGGGCCAAGACACAAGUGCAGCAAGAUCUUACACAGACAUUUCACUGCCAGCCUCCAGAACUUCAUCCAGGGCUGUUUGAGCACCUGGAUGGGGAAGGAAAAAAUAAAAUCAGGGGAGGGUCUUUGGCUGGGAGCUGCCACAGGUAAAGAGAGACCCUGGAAGGGAAAAGGAGCAGACAAAGGAAGGCAGGAGAGAAAGCAGGACACAAAUGGCAGCCAGCUGAGAAGGUGGCACUCUGAAAACCAAACCUGGGCUUAUGGAACAGGAAUGGGACAGAAAGGAAGAAUGCUGAAACUUGAUUUACUCUGUUUCUCUAAACAACCUGUGCAGCCAGGACUUCACCACCCUCACAGGGAAGAAGCAUUUUCUAGAUCAAACCUGAAUUUCAUCCCUUUUACUCUGAGCCCAGUAAAUCACAACGAACUCAAUUGUGGUCGUUUUCAUCAAGGGCCCAAGCUCUCUGUGCCAGCACAUCCAGCAAGCACCAGGCAGGACAGCACGGCAACCAACUCACAGCUGAGGGACUCAGAACAUCUAAACACCAGCAGGGCACACUGCUCAUGUUUGAUAUAAUAGACAGCACUGAGAAGGAUAGGUAAUGACAGCCUCUUCAUCACCCCAAUCCCUUCUCCCUUUUAAACUUUCUCUGAAAUUACCAAAACUGCUCUUAAAAUUCCUUUCUCUUUGUCAAUCCCAGAUCUUUUGGGAGCAGACUCAGGAAGAGAGCACAACACUAAUCUGUUGUUAUUCACACAUGGCUUGUUGUUCAUCUUUCCCUACUAAAUGACAGCAGUAGAUCUUGAGAAUAACCAGAUAUCCUGAGGAAUUUUUCCUGCAACAAGUUAUUUUCCUAUCAUGGUCCAUCUGUAAUUGUAUUACUUAUUUAAAGACCACUAUAAAUACAGUACAGCACCUUGCA